UUCUGGUGAUGAUCAGGGCGAUGAUGUGCCUAUGAGAAGAGUGCUGGAUACAGAGAGAAGACUGGCUCCUCUCCUCCCCCUCCACCACCCACAGAGCCGGUAGAGGAGGAGUCUUUAGCAGCCCAGUGCUGAGUUCAGAUUCCUGCAACUCGCUGGCUAAACCUCCACAGCCUGAGGAGGAGGAAGAAGCAGAGAGCUUUCCCAGCCUGAACAAGAUCACACGUCCAAUUGCUUCUGCUUGGAGGUAAGAAAUCUACAUAAAGACUUUGUACCCUCUGCCUUCAGGAAUCACUAGGAAGCAAUCACUAUCCCUCCAAGAGAGCGACAGCCGAGAAGAGAAAGAGAGGGACCCGUCCUCUGCUGGUUUGGAGCUUGCGGGUCUUCUCCUCCUACCCCUGGAGAUGCUCCAAAGACUAUUCCUCUCUUUGGUAAAUUCUUGGGGCAUCCAUUCCCAAAGGAGGGCCGGACACCCCAAUCGCAGGUACAUAGUUGAUGGCCGAUAAAACACUUGAAUUUUGAAGGUUGAGUUUUCUUUGAAACUAGAGAAAAUUCCUUCGUACCCUCCUCCUCCUGUAAUCCUUAAAAUCCCAUCUGCUUUCUCUUAUCCCAAAACACUUGGAGAAAUUCCUGCCUUGUGGGAUCACUCAUGGCUUUCUUGACCAAGAAAAAGAAGUUUAAGUUCCAGACCAUCUUUACCCUGGAGGAGCUGACAGCCGUCCCCUUUGUCAACGGGGUUCUGUUUUGUAAGGUCAGGCUGCUGGACGGAGGAGAUUUUGUCAGCCAGUCUAGCAGGGAGGAAGUACAGGAAAACUGUGUUCGCUGGACGAAGAAACUGAACUUUGUCUGUAAAAUGAGUGCCAACCCUGCCACUGGUGUGCUGGACCCCUGCACCUGUAGAGUCUCCGUCCGGAAGGAACUGAAGGGUGGAAAAGCGUUUUCAAAGCUGGGCUUUGCUGACCUGAACCUGGCUGAGUUUGCGGGUUCUGGAUCCACAGUACGCUGCUGCCUUCUGGAAGGAUAUGACACACGAAAUACUAGACAGGACAACUCUAUCCUAAAGGUAACCAUUGGAAUGUCCCUCUUGUCUGGAGACCCCUGCUUCAAGACACCUCCAUCCACCGCCAAAUCCGUCUCUGCUCCCGGACAGGAUUCCUCGCUGCAGAUGACCUGUAAGUGUGAGGGGACAGUGCGUUCUGCAAGCAGCACAAUGCGUCAGAACAAGAGCCGGCAAGCUUUGCUCAGUUCAGGGGUCUUUGAAGAAGCUGACCAGAAUCUCUCAAGCCCUGAGGAGACGUCCCAUUCAGGUCACUCGCGGAACUCCAGCCAGGCCAGCCAGCAGUCCAAAGUCUCCGGACACAGCUCUGAACACUCCCGCUGCUCCAGUAUGUCAGACCUGACUCACAGGCGCAACACAUCCACCAGCAGCAGCGCCUCCGGGGGAAUCAUCAUUACGGCAGACUUACCUGAAGGAGACAAGGAAACCAAACCAGAGAAGCCUCUAAGGCCAAUCAGACCACCCCUCCUAGACAGACAGUCCAGGAGAAAGAAGGACUCUGUGGAGAGUCACCCCACUUGGGUGGAUGAUACCAGAAUUGAUGCUGAUGCGAUUGUGGAGAAGAUCAUGCAGAGUCAGGACUUCACAGACGUCAGUAACAAUGAAGACAGUCACCUGAGGCUCUUUGUCAGCAGAGACGGAUCAACCACACUCAGUGGAAUCCAAAUGGCUAACAGAGUCUCUGCUGGGGUGUUUGAGCCCGUUGUGAUUGAGAUUCAUUAAAUCCAAGAGAGGCUGCGUGUCCAGUCGGAUCUCCCAGGCUCCAAGCCAAGCUCUGCAUUCCAAGUUGAAAAGCUGGGACCUUCCCCUUACGAGGGGUGGGUGAGACACUUAGGGCUGGAAGCCCUCAUCAGACUCUCUCCUGGUCCCCCCCUCUUCUAUUUCUGUUCCAUCCUGGCACUUGUCGUGUGCACAUAUCCAGCGUAUUUGAGCUCCUCAAUGUGUGACAGUGUUUUCGUCUGCUUCUAAUCAGAGAGGAUCGAACAAGGCAUCUGGCCAGAAGAGCCCAGACUCUCGGCAAUUCCAGCUUCUGCUCACAGCUCUUUGGUAGAACAGACCAAAUGUUCCAGCAGGAGAAAGGCAGAGACAAAGCAUUGUCCUACUGAGUGACAACUGCAGCCAUUUUUCUUCUGUUCCCUCCUUACCUGUCUUUUCCAGCCUUUGCAUGCUCAGUAGGCCAUCUUGGCUCAUUAGGCUCUCACCUUGAGCAGUUUGGGGCUCUACAUCUGACGUGAGGUUGCAGUUCAGCAAAGUACAGUAAAUGCCAAAAUGUAAUUAUACUGUGACAACAAACAUUUGUGUCAUUUUCAGAUCCCUUAAUUAUGGAAGCUGUGUUAUGAUUGGUUGCUACAGACUGCAACACGUGUAUACUAACUGAUGUUGCUGAAGCCAUUUAGAAAGAAAUACCGCACAUAUGUGAGGGAGGGGUAUUGAUGACUUCAUGCAGAUACUUUGUUUUCCUAGUAAAGCCAACUGUUGCAACUCGCACAGGUCACCUAUCGACAACCCUUUCCACAAUGCAGUCCACAGAACUAUGCUGUUUUAUAAUUAGUUAUUUCCCUCGUCGGCUUCAGCUGAACUCGCACGGUUUCAAACCUGCAUUUCAGUGCGAGUUCAGGGGGGCUAUUUGAAAGACAUCUGUGCAGGUUCACAGAUGUCUAUUGAAAUCACCCCUUAAGUUUCCAAAAGUAGUGUAGGAACUACUUUUUGGAAAUCGGUGCCGCGCGGCAAAGUCGGCAUCGCAUCGAUUGGGACAGUGCCGUGGCCGGCAAUAGGCUGUGAUUUGACAUGUCAAAUCGCUCCAAAGUGAACGGGGGCUUUAGGUGAUUUAAAAUGCCCGACAGGCAUCUGAUGUAACCAAUCACAACACUAUAAAAAUACAAAUUCUGUCAUUGCAAUUAUGAGCACAUUUGUCACUGGAUGACACCUGAUAAAUCUGCAGCUGUUGACGCCAAUUAUGAUAUGCUGAAUUGCAGCCUGAUGGAAGAUGUAGUUUGCCUUUUUUACUCGAUUUGUUCCUCCUUCUCACACGGUACCAUUCUUGUUUCCUGUAACGUAAAAGAUACAUGACUUUUGGGUUAUUCUCUAAGCUUCCCUAAAGGAAGAAGUCAGUGCAGAACAGAGGCUUGUCCCUAUAAAAGGUUAUGAAAGCAGCUGGACUGUUCCAAAAGUGCCCCCUGGUUGGGGCCAUAAGAUGCAGCUGGACUGUAGACACCCGCUGGAAGGGGUCCUGUGACACAGCAGGUCUGUAUUGAACCCUUAAGGACUCCGCAGGUAGGAGUCACAAAGCACAGCUGAGCUGUGAAUAUCCUUAAGGAAUUACAUGUUACACAGCAGGACUGUGGCAUAAGGUUUUAGGGAAGCACCUCAUGGGAGGCACAGCUGGAUGGUGCGUCCCAGAAGUGUGGCCCUCAUGUCUGGUCAGAUAGUGAGGGUCCACUUUUUUGUCUGUACUGGAGUCUUUCUUUAAGACAUUCCAUAACACGAGAAGCCCAAGAGACAGUUGCCACCAGGGGUUAGCUGUGCUGGCCACAGCUCCUGUCUCUGCGCCUAGAUCCAGCCCUGUUCAGUCCCGGCUCCAACGCACUCACUGUCGCACGGCAAAGUCUGCACAACAAUUUCAGAAAGCCAGCAGGCUGGUGUUUCAUUUCAUUCCUGUGUCUAAUCUAGAUUGUCAAUGUGAAUUCCUUUUUUUUUUUUGUGGAGUCAUCUGGUGCUCAGGGCUGUUUGUUUUAUGUUUUUGUAUAUGGAGAGCUGCAGGGGCUCUUCUGGUGCAAGCUGUGUACACAACAGUUUUUGCUUUCAUGGUGGUUGUGUGUCCAACAGCUGGCUGUACUCCACUAAUAAUGUAACCUUAAGGAAUAAUGGAUACCCAUCUUGGUGGACCUUUCAGCAGCAGUCACAUUGGUAUAUUGCUGUAUAUUCAUGCUUAAGGCCCAACUCCAGCCAAAAUCUUUUUUUGUUGUUUUUGGGUAGAUAAGGAAGAGCCACUGUGAAGUUUUUUUUAUUAUUGCUGUCUGUGUCACCAUGUACAAGUUCCCCUCAUUCCUGUGUCACAAGUGCAGGGAGGGAUGGCAAUUCUCUCACAGUUGAGAAGUAAAAGGAGCUCUUCAAUUUUUUUUUUCUUUGUUGCCUAGUUACACCUGUUCCCGUAUUAUGUGUACCAGUGUCACAGGGAUAGGAAAUGAUGGAAAUCGUCAUAAUGGUGUCAGGCAGCAAUGAAAAAAAGCCCUAGAGUACUUUGAACCAUUUGCUCAUUUAACAAAACUAAAAAGAUUGUGGCAGGAUUAGGUCUUUAAUCUAAUUUGAGAGCAUACAAGAAGAAGUAAAUCUUCCCUUUGUAUAAUAUUGUAUGAGCUGCGUUCACUAAAUGCUGUACAUACUCAAUGCUUUAGCUGGCCAUACACAGAAUCACGUUUGUAGAUUUGAUCAUCUUUAGAAAUCUUUAUAUGUUAUGUAUUUAAACAUUAAGGCCAUCAGAGCGGUCUAGUGACCUUGAUUCUCACCUUUCCUUCUAUUGGAGGUUUCACAGAAAUGACUGCCACAAACUAGACAGCAAGUGAUUCCAUGGAACUUAAACUGGCCAUACACAUUAUUUUUUUUGAACGGAUUCUUCCAUCCAUACUCCACAGUGCGGAUGGGUGACUCUCCCGCUGUGUAUUUUGCCAGGCUCUCUGUCUUGUCUGUGGUAG